GGUAUUUAAGAGAUUAUGGCAUCUGAAACCCACAAUGUUAAAAAACGGAACUUUUAUAAUAAUAUUGAGGAUCAUUCCCUUGAUCUUCCUAGAAGAAGGAACUCUCAUUUUACUGAUAAGAACAUGAAGGAGGUUAAGAAAUCUCCAAAACAGUUGGCUGCUUACUUAAAUAGAACAGUUGGACAAGCUGUGAAGAGCCCAGACAAACUACGUAAGGUGGUCUUUUGCAGAAACAAAGUCCAGCAUCCUUUUCCAAAUACUUGUUACAGAAAAAAACAGUCCCCUAGACGUGGGGGCUGUGUCAUGGCAAAUAAAGAAAAUGAACUGGCUUGUGCAAGCCACCUUGCUGAAAAAUUACGUCAUGAUAGUCGGACAUAUUUGAUUAACUCCAGUGAUUCUAGUUCACCACAGACAGAAAGCUCAUCAUCAAAAUAUAGUGGCUUUUUUCCAGAGGUUUCUCAGGACCAUGAAACAAUGGCACAAGUUUUGUUCAGUAGAAAUUUGAGGUUGAACGUAGCUUUAACAUUCUGGAGAAAGAAAAGUAUAAGUGAACUUGUAGCCUAUUUGGUCAGGAUAGAAGAUCUUGGAGUUGUGGUAGAUUGCCUUCCUGUGCUUACCAAUAGUUUACAGGAAGAAAAACAGUACAUCUCACUUGGCUGCUGUGUAGACUUGUUGCCUCUAGUGAAGUCACUACUUAAAAGCAGAUUUGAAGAAUAUGUAAUAGUUGGUUUAAACUGGCUUCAAGCAGUCAUAAAAAGAUGGUGGUCAGAACUGUCAUCGAAAACAGAAAUUAUAAAUGAUGGAAAUAUUCAGAUUUUAAAACAGCAAUUAAGUGGAUUGUGGGAACAAGAAAACCAUCUUACUUUGGUUCCAGGAUACACUGGUAAUAUAGCGAAGGAUGUAGAUGCUUAUUUAUUACAAUUGCGUUGAGAAGUUUCAUCUUUUAAAGCGUACUUAGUUCUAUCAAACAUCUUGGACUAUAUGAUUUCCAGAACAAUCUCUCUUCUGAGAACUCUGAACUGUGGAAGAAAUCAGAACCAUUUUUUUUUGUUUUAAAAAGCCACGUAAUGAAACCACUAAUGAAAUCCUAACCGUCUACUUCACAUUGAAGUGGAAAACUAUCAAAAGGAGCAGCUACAACUUCAAUGAGGUGAAAGUGCACUAUGAAGAUUGUUGACUUUUGCUGCAUUUGGGAUUUUUAUGGGAUUUUUAUUUGGUAAUAUUGUUUAAGAACUACUGGGUCUUAAUGCACUCCUGCAUAUUGCAUAAUAUAAUUUAUCCUAUGUGAAAGAAUAAGAAAGGACUUGUUACUGGGAACCACAAAGACUGAUCAUCAAGAUUUUUUUUUUUAAGAUUGUGUUUUAUAUGAAAACACUUAAAUGUGUGCAGCUAUUUUCUUAAGUUGAAGAGACUUUGAAAGUUUAAAACAUCGCCGAUUAUCAAUAUUAAUUUUUUGUUCACAUUGAGAUACUACUGUGUAUACAAAAUGCCUUAAUUAGUAAUAAGCCAAUACUCUAAGAUACCAGGAUAUAUUAAAAUAAUGAAAACCACUUGUGCUCUGACAUGAUAAAAUCAUGGAAUUAAAAUAAUGUAAAUUAAGGUUUACAUUCAUGUAGAAUGUUGUUAAAACCUAAUCCAAAGCAUUUUAAAAUCUUGAGACUAUUUCUCAGAUUAUUUUUUGUCAGAAUCAUUAUUGCAUAGAUGUGUUACACCUAUCUAAAAGAAAAAAUGGUGAAUAUGUAUUUGUAUGAAUGCUUAACUGGAAAUGCCCCUGGAUUUGGCUAAUUUAUGUUCAAUUUUUACUCAUUUUGUAGAAUCCUAAUAUUUUUCAGUUCUGUAUUGUUUAAGCAUCUUUCAUUUGAGUAAAUUCACUGAAUAUUUC